CCCCCCAGAGGUAGUCCUGGCCCCCUUUUGCCCCCCCCCCCAACUUUAAAAGUCUAGCUCUGCCACUGAGGCAAUCAUACCAACGUUUCCAAAAAACAGAUGAGUAUCUUACUGCCCUAUAUUUAACUUUAGUCAACAACAGGAUAAUACUAUACACUGCUGUUGCUAGUCUGAAGGAACUGAGUGAGGAUGGGUAGGGAAGAGGUGCUCAGCUUGUACACUGCAGUACCCAGGAGGAGCGGGCUGGGGGGUUGCAUUUUACUAAAAGUAGAUAUCGAAAUCAAGUGUCAAAGUAAAAUAAGAAAAAAAAAUCUUUAUUGGCAUUACAGCAAUGAAACUUGUCUCACAGUUGCUGAGUGUUUGAGGUUUGAACGCUUCUUGCCAUCACAGUAUUCUUCAGUUUGUUCCUUAUUGGUAAAAUUAAAGGAUUACUUUUAAUUUUUACUCAACUAUACAGAGGACUCCAUGUUUCAGGUUUUCCACAUUUACUUAUAUUUAGCCAAGUGUUUUAACAGGUGAGUUACAUAUGGGGAAAAAAAAAUCUGGCCUUAUUUUAUAUCUCAUUGCUACAAAUAAAUAUCAGAAAACUGUUCAUAGAUGAAGACUAUGAUCACAAACACAAACACAACCACCAGUCUGCAACCAAAUACUGUAAAACAGAAACUGCUCAGUCCCGUUAAGUUCAGGACUAAAUUUGAUUGAAAUUUUGUGUUUGAGGCCCCAAAGGAACACUCUGCAAACCUCCAUGAACCAAAAGAACAAUGCAGAGGAAACUGGCUCAGAUUUCCUCCACAACUUGUGAAACACUGAAGUUGUGAAGUUGCACAGAAAGCCAGUUCUUUGUUUUCACCACUACUGAACAUGGGUCCAUGGCAAACAGAAGGCAUCAUUUUUGGGGGACUAAAGGCAUGGCGGAGGCUGGAGCCCACCUGACCUCCACGGUUGUUAAUGAGCAGCCAUCCAUCUUUGAAGUGCUGGCCCAGGAGUCUCUGAUGGAGGCUGUCAGACCUGCUCUGAGACAUGCAGUCAAGGUUCUGACUGAAUCCAACCCGUCCCACUUUGGACUCAUUUGGAAAUGCUUUGAUGAGCUCUACCUGCUGAUGGAUGUCCUCCUGCAGAACCACUUCCUGUCCCAGUGCAACGCCUCCUUCUCUGAGAACUUCUAUGGACUCAAGAGGGUCUCAGGUGGGCGGCGCCUUCCUGCUCGCCUGGGCUUGCACAAGAGUUCCCAUUGGUGGUCCCUGCUGCUCUUGUGCCUGGUGCCAUACCUGCGGGCCAAGCUGGAGGUGAUGCUGGCCCGGCAGAGAGAGGAGGAAGACUUCUCCAUCAGGCUGCCACAGACCAGGAAGCAGAGGUUGUACCGAACGGCGGUGGCAGCAUACCCGUAUGUCAACUCAGCCUGGCAGUCCUGGAUCUUCUGCCAGCAAUUGCUUUUUGUUUUCGGAGUCAGCAGGACACACAGUCCCCUGCUGUGGCUGGCCAAUGUCAGACUGGCACGGCUCACCACACAAGACCUCAGAGAUUCACAGUGGAAAACCAGCUGCAGUCCCAGGCCGGCCAAUGGGAGACUGAUGCAGAGAGCAUGGUGGCUCAUGUCUCGGGCAGCGCAGGGUGUGGCCGUCUCCCUCUCCACUUCCCUGUCUCUGGGCGUCUUCUUCAUGCAGUUCCUGGAGUGGUGGCAUUCCUCGGAAAACCAGAGCACAGUUAAAACCAUCACUUCCCUGCCUGCACCUCCUCCCCCGCUCCAUCUGCAGGAGGAUGUCCAACCAGCAGCAGACGAGAAGAACUGCCCACUGUGCCGAAAGCUCCGGGCCAACUCCACGGUGCUGUCCACAUCUGGCUUUGUCUUCUGUUACCGCUGCAUUUACACUUAUGUGAAGGCUAAUCACUGCUGCCCACUCACUGGAUUCCCCACAGAAUUGCAACACCUCAUCAAGAUCUAUGAGUCCGAGAGUUAAAAGUUCUCUGGAGGUCAUUUCAGAUGUUUCCCAUCUUUUGGAGAAAUGUGACCUUACUGUUUGCCGCAUUCCUGUGCAACAGCUCUUUGUGAAGAGUGAAAAUGUUAUUACACUUUUGUGUGCAAAAGUUGAUUUUAAAGUUGAUAAAUUCUGAUCUGAUUCAGAUUUUAA